UUACUCCAUACCUUCUACACAUCAGGGGAAUGAGGCUCUCUCCGGCUCCUGCUCUAGAUCCAAGUCUGGCUGGUAGUCUGGUUCUACUACAUCUAGCUGUGGUGGCUGGUGGGCUUGCCUUGCUCUCGUCUGCCUCUGUCUCUGCCCCUGGGCUGGAGUCUAUCAGAUGCAGGCUCCAAGGCAGCCCUCGUCCUCCGGCGUUCUCCCAGGACGGGGAUUUAGUCAUCGGGGGUGUUUUCUCCAUCCAUUACUAUAUGCACACUGUGGAUCACAGCUACACCAGCGUGCCUGAGCCCCUGCAGUGCACAGGGAGUAUGGAUUCCCGUGAGUUACGCUUCUCGCGCGCCAUGAUCUUCGCAGUUGAGGAGAUAAACAACAGUUCUUACCUUCUACCGGGUGUCACGCUUGGUUAUCAAGUGCACGACUCCUGCGCCUCGGUCCCUAUAGCCGUGAAAGUGGCCUUCCAGCUGGCUAACGGCCUGGACCCCAUGUUUGAUACCGGAGAACAGUGCUCAGGGUCGGCUACAGUGACAGCUAUCGUUGGCGAGUCUGCUUCCACACCUACCAUCAGCAUGUUGCGCGUCAUCAGCCCUUUCGGCAUUCCUCAGGUGAGCCACUCUUCCACCUGUGCUUGUCUGAGUGAUAAGAAACAGUAUCCAACCUUCUUCAGAACCAUCCCCAGUGAUCAGUUCCAGGCUGCCGCUCUGGCCCACCUCAUCAGGCACUUCGGCUGGACCUGGAUUGGGGCGGUCCGUUCCGACUCUGACUACGGUAAUAACGGGAUGGCUGCUUUCCUACAGGCAGCACAAGAGGAGGGCAUCUGUGUAGAGUAUUCUGAAGCCUUCUCCCGCACCAGCCCACUCAGCAGAGUGCAACGGGUGGCCGACGUGAUCCGCAGCUCCACAGCCCAGGUGGUGGUUGCAUUCGUAUCUUCUGGGGACAUGAGGAUCCUGCUGAGGGAGAUGGAACGCCUGCCCUCUCCACCCCGCCAGUGGAUCGGGAGCGAGACCUGGGUCACUGACCCAGAUAUGCUGCGUUUCGGUCUGUGUGCCGGGGCCAUUGGAUUUGGCAUCCAACGCUCUGUCAUCCCCGGUCUUAGGGACUUCCUCCUGGACCUCUCCCCACAGAAGGUGUCCAACUCUCCCACACUCACUGAGUUCUGGGAGGGAGCCUUUGGCUGUUUUGGGGUUGAAGAGAAGGUGUGUGAUGGCAGUGAGGAUUUACAGCAGCUACAGACCCCCUACACAGAUACAUCCCAGCUGCGAGUCACUAACAUGGUGUAUAAAGCUGUUUAUGCCAUAGCACACGCCAUACACAGCAUCGUUUGUGAAGAGAGAGAAAACUCCACUAUGAAAUGUGACAAAAACCUUAAUGUGAAGCCAACACAGGUCCUGGAGAGAUUGAGGAGGGUGAACUUCUCUCGUAACGGGUACCACGUGUCUUUCGAUGCCAACGGGGACCCAGUGGCCACCUAUGAGCUGGUCAACUGGCAGAGACGGGAGAGUGGGGAGAUGGAGUUUGUGACAGUGGGGCGCUAUGAUGCGUCCCUGCCUCCUGACCAGAGGCUUGACAUGGAGAGGGAAAUCACCUGGGUAAAGAACAGUACACAAGUACCUGUGUCAGUGUGCAGUGAGAGAUGUCCCCCAGGCACUCGUAAGGCUGUACAGACAGGAAAGCCUGUAUGCUGUUAUGACUGCAUCCAAUGUGCAGAGGGAGAGAUCAGUAAUAACACAGAUUCUUCAGACUGUCUGAUCUGUCCUGAGGAGUACUGGCCCAACGCUGAGAGAGACCGCUGUAUCCUUAAACCUGUUGAGUUCCUGUCCUUCCACGAGGUCCUCGGAAUCAUCCUGACCGCCUGCUCUGUGGGCGGGGCUUGUCUGGCCAUCGCCACGUCAACCGUCUUCUACCACCACCGAAAGACUCCCAUCGUCAGGGCCAACAACUCUGAGCUGAGCUUCCUGCUGCUCUUCUCCUUGGCUCUGUGUUUUCUGUGUUCUCUUACUUUCAUUGGCCGGCCCUCUGAGUGGUCCUGUAUGCUGCGUCACACAGCGUUUGGGAUCACCUUCGUCCUCUGCAUCUCUUGUGUUCUGGGGAAAACAAUAGUGGUGUUGAUGGCCUUCAGGGCUACACUUCCAGGCAGUAAUGUCAUGAAAUGGUUUGGUCCUCCACAGCAGAGAUUGACUGUAGUGUCCUUCACGUUUGUCCAGGCUUUGAUAUGCACUCUGUGGUUGGUCCUGUCCCCUCCCUUCCCCAUUAAAAAUAUCACUACCUACAAGGAAAAGAUCAUUCUAGAGUGCGAUGUGGGUUCAGCUAUUGGUUUCUGGGCUGUGUUGGGUUAUAUAGGACUCCUGUCUCUCUUGUGCUUUGUGCUGGCGUUUCUGGCUCGGAAGCUGCCUGAUAACUUCAACGAGGCCAAAUUCAUCACCUUCAGCAUGCUCAUAUUCUGUGCAGUCUGGAUCACCUUUAUCCCAGCUUAUUUCAGCUCUCCAGGGAAGUUGACUGUAGCUGUGGAGAUCUUUGCCAUCAUCACCUCUAGCUUUGGGUUGUUCUUUCUAUUAUUUGUUCCUAAAUGCUUUAUUAUUCUGUUCAGGCCGGAGAAGAACACCAAGAAACACCUCAUGGAGAAGACAUCCAAUGAUAUACAUUAUUAAGAAAUGAUUGAGUUGAACAAACAUUGUAACAAUCAGUUAUAUGGUUUAUCAUACAGUUAGGUAGGACUACUCUAACAGAGAUAAACAAUAAUUUAGCAGGUAAUCAUUGGUAACAUUGUAACUCGUAACAUGACAGGUUCACUUUAGAUAUUCCAAUGUUAUGAGAGAUUGUUAAAAUCUAGAGUGUUAAAAUUAAUUAGACCUGCAACAUGAUGUGAUUAGCAGUAACCUACAGAGUGGAACCACUUCCAUGUUGUUGGAGAAAAACUUUAUUCCUUUAUGAAUUGAUAUAACAUUGAAGUGCAUGUGUUCAAUUGAUAUUGUAAUUCAUCAUAUUAUGAAUUAUAAUAAUAUCAUAAAAAAUGUUCAUGCACAGUUGAAGUGGGAAGUUUACAUACACUUAGUUUAUAGUCAUUGCAACUCGUUUUUCAACAACUCCACACUUUUCUUGUACACAAAUUAUAAUCUACUUUGUACACGACACAAGGAAUUUUACCAACAAUUGUUUCCAGACAGAUUAUUUUACUUGUAAUUCACUGUUUCACACUUCCAGUUGGUGAGAUGUUUACAUGCACUUCGUUGACUGUGCCUUUAAUAAACAGCUUUGACAAUUCCAGAAAUAUAUGUCAUGGCUUUAGAAGCUUCUGAUAGGCUGAUUCCAAUUUGAGUCAAUGGGAGGUGUACCUGUGGAUGUAUUUCAAGGCCUUCCUUCAAACUCAGUGCCUUUUUGUUUGACAUCAUGGUAAAAUCAAAUGAAAUCGGCCAUUACCUCAGAAAAAAAAUUAUAGACCUCCACAGUCUGGUUUAUCCUUGGGAGCAAUUUCCAAACACCUGAAGGUACCACGUUCAUCUGUACAAACAAUAGUACUGUCACGCCCUUGUUUCUCUAUGGUGUAGUAAGUCAGUGUGUGACUAGGAGUUAUUCUAGUUUAUAAUUUCUAUAUUGUGUUCGAUAUUUUAUUUUCUAUGUUGGUGUUUUGUUUGAUUCCCAAUUAGAGGCAGCUGAUAAUCGUUGUCUCUAAUUGGGGAUCCAUAUAUAGGGAGAUAUUUGUCCCACCUGUGUUUGUGGGAUAUUAUUUUGUGUUUGAGCAUGUGUUCCAUGUAGUCACGUUCUGUUGUUCGUUUAUUUGAUUUAUUGUUUUUGGUUUAAGUUUCACUUUGGAAUAAAUAUGUGGAACUCAA